AGCGGUUCUUCCACGUAGCAGUAGGUUGGAGAGAAUGAUAUUGGAGACUCAACCAAAAAUCAUCGUAAAUCGUACCAGUUUACUCUUGACAAUCGGGCUUUGGAGUUUGUAGUGACGUAGUUGGAUUUCACCUAUCCACUAGCCAUAAAUAUGAGGAGUUUGGUGUUUCUUGUACUCAUUACCUUGCCGGCGUUGAUUUCCAUUCUUAAUGGUGGGGCUCAUGUAGCAUAUGCCCAGGAGGAUGAAACUGUUGACGAUAUGGUGGACGUCGAGGAGGAGAGUAAUGUACUGAUUGAGGAUGAAUUAGAGGAAGAGGCACAGACAGCUUCAGCUGAUGCUGAUACCACUAUUUUGUUCACGAAACCUGUUAUUAGUCCGUUGUCGACUUUAGAACUCCCCGGAGGCCAUAUAGUUGAAUUCCUCGUCGGCUUCACCAACAAAGGCAAGACAGACUUCAUCCUGGACACAUUGGAGACAUCCCUGCGUUAUCCCAUGGACUUCAAAUUCUACAUCCAGAAUUUCACUCAUCUUGCUGUCAACAAAGUUGUCAAGCCUGAUCACGAAGCAACUCUACAAUAUUCAUUCAUUCCUUCUGAGACCUUUGCUGGACGACCAUUCGGUCUCAAUGUCAAUCUGAAUUACAGAGAUGCUAAUGGAGCGAUAUUCAGUGAAGCUGUCUACAAUGAAACAGUCCAGAUAAUCGAAUUAGACGAAGGUCUGGAUGGUGAGACUGUUUUCCUAUACAUUUUCCUUGCUGCCUGUGUCAUUCUGACCCUCGUGGGUGGACAGCAGCUACUUGCAUCUCUUGGAAGGAAGUCGCGAUCUUCGUCGACGAGGAAACAGGCUGUGGAGAUGGGUACGUCGAACCCCAACAAUGUGGAUUUCGACUGGCUACCAAAAGAGACUCUCAAUAGACUCAACAAAUCCCCAAGAACCCCAAAACAGAGUCCAAGGCAAAGGAAAGCGAAGAGAACUGCUGGGUCUGAUGAUUAAGUGUGUGUUCAUGUUUAUUAUUUAAUGUAGGAAUAAAUUCAAAACAGACAACAAAAAAAGACGUGUUUGAGGGUGGUGUGAAUGAGGAACAGACGAGAUCAAUCUAUUUACCUUUUUUGUUUACGAAGUAAUUUAAGAGCUGUGAGAGUUUGUAUUCGAAACAGAAAUUAAAUUUUUUCCAUAAAAUCACA